AUGCCAACAAUAGAUAGAGCUUUGGCCUUGUUAAGAAAAUAUCCUCGAGUUUCUCCUCAGAAUAUAUCUGAUCUUCCAGGAAGCAAACCACCCAAGUAUCACGGUUUGAAACGAAUGCGAAGAGGUCUUGGUCAUCGUGGUGCUUCCCAGUUUCAAGCAUUCCCACCCUUGGGAAUUUUGGGUGCAAAGACACCAUUUUAUCUUUCUGUUCCUAAAGAACCUUACAACAUUAACAGCAUGUCUGAAAACAAUCUUCACCGUAUUUCGCUUCUAGAGCUUCAAAGACUGAUAGACCUUAAUCGAAUAAAUCCACUAGAGCCUAUUGACAUUUCCACACUAUGCAACACCAAUCUUUACCGGUUAAAUGUGGAUCAUGAUCGACAAUAUGGUUUCCAUCUAACUGACGAAGGUAUCGAUAACUUUGUUACUCCUGUUAAUAUUGAAGUUCAGUAUGCUAGCGAAGAAGUAAUUGCAGCUGUGGAAAGAGUAGGGGGAAUAAUCUGUAACCGUUAUUAUGAUCUGUAUUCCGUUUGGGUAAAAUCUGACCCUCAAGGAUUCUUCAUGAAAGGCAUUCCGAUCCCAAAAGCUAAAUUGCCUCCUAAUGCGUUGAUUCCAUUCUACGCAAACGCUGAGUCUCGAGGUUAUCUGGCGGACCCUGAGGAAGUGGCGAAAUCUCGAAUUUGGCUGGCUCAAAAGUAUGGUUAUCACCCAAUCGAUUUUAGUUCAUCCUCGGAUCCACUCAAAAGCUGA